CUGAAUAAAUUGUUAAGUUACAACACUGUUCGAAUGUUUUUAUUUACGUUUUUACUUUAAAACUUUAAAAGUAGAAUAAGCUUUUAAAAAUGUUGUUCGUCGGAAAUAACAAGUGUUUAUUGUUUGUCUUGUCGUUGGGAUUAAUGGGAGAAGUGGGCAUAUGUUACGUAGUGGAACCACCAAUUGUUCAAGUGGAAAUGGACAAAGCCGGCAUGCACAGGACCCUUACGUACCGUCUACGGUUCGACUACCCACUGGUGGGAAAAGACUGCGAAUAUGUCCUGCUCCAAGCCUUCCCCGCUUCCGUUUACAUAAGCACGGACGAAUUGGACGACCUGCAACGUCUAAAGAGGUUAAGUGCCGUCUACCCGAGGUUCGUCAACAUUGAAGUGGCCACGGAACGGGCGCAGCCCUUCUCGGUUUUACUGCGCGGCACACCAAAGAUUACGGAGACGCUGUCUUUGCCCGUGCAUUUUCGCUACCAUGCUCCCAGUGAUAAGCGAUCCGCUGCGACUGUGGCCAUACCUUUGCCGGAGCUCUAUCUCAACUGCCCGCUGGCUGAUAGUGAGCUCAUCGAGAACGAAUUGGUCGCCCGGCCCGAUAAGCUAUACUGCCUGAAUGCGCCGGAAAGCCGUUUCGACGAGAACAUCGUCAAGGAUGGCCAGCCGACGACCAUGGCGAAUCUAGAGCGCUGCAAUUGGAGGCGAGUGCACGUGGACUGCCAGCUUAAGACGCCGCUGCGAGCGGAGGUUCCCGUUGGACAAGCGAACGCCUACGGCCCAGUGCUAUGCGGCACAAUUCUGCUUGGCUGGUCCUUGGCCCUAUGGACCAUCAUCCGUUCGAUGGCCAACACACGCCGCAUCAACCAGCGUCUCAACGAACAGCGACUGCUACAGCAAAAGGUUAAGUAACAGGCGACGAAGUCGGUGCGGUUCCAAGACAACAAUGGUUAAUCAACACAUUCCGGCGAUUACACAGGGCUGUAAAUAUUUAUUAGUAUGCUGUGUGCAUAGACAACUCACUUAAUGGUACUCAAAACGACUUAAACUAGAAACGUGCCAUACAUCGUAAAGUCUAAUUUCCGCUGAUCACACAACUAAGUCAUAUAAAGCUUCCCUUAGCAUAAGCGUAAACAUAAACCAAUAUCUUUAGUUAGAGCUAGGCAUAUCCAAAUAUCGCUGGCACAAAAGAAAGUCAAAUAUAACGAUAACUUAUAAUUACUAAA